AUGGGCGUCGCCUGUGGACCCUCACGAGGUGAAGGAGACCACGGACCUCAAGAGCAAGCACGUCAAGUUCCAAGUUACGUAUCACUGAGUGAAGUUUUGCGACUCGUCCGUGAGGGCCAUGUCAACGGAGACGAUAUCAUGCGUCUUGCAUCUCUUUACUUGAGCAUGAAGUCCAAACGCGCUUCCGCAAAAGAAAUCCUCUCCGCGCUAUUUAGUCACGCACACGGCGGUGAGAUUUUGCGAGUCAUCAGCGCCGUUGUUGUUGGGGCCAAAUCUUUACAAAGUGAAGGCUUUGUAAAUUCUCAAGGCGGAAAUACACUCCUUAUCUCCCAUGCACAGUCCAAAACAAACCAUGUCAAUCAGAGGGCGAAGCAAAUAACACAAAAGGUAGUCUUUGAUCAGCAGCGGCUAUCGAAGAGGAUCGCGUCGAAGCUUAGAUCGCGACAUCCGGGUAUGCACGUUGAUCCGGCCUCGUUCGAACUCUUCGGCGAGGCGAUCCGUCAACGCAUUCGACAUAUCUCUAAAGAUCUCAUGAGGAUCGCCACGAUACGUCAUAUGUCGAGCAUCAUAGCGAAAAACUCAAAAGCAGAGAGAGUAACUCCUAGGGGUAAGAUUCGUGACAUCAACCUUACACUCAUGCAGAGUACAUCAGCUAGAAGAGAACAAGAGCGACAGAAAUUGCUACAGCUUGGUGAUCAGUCCAACAAACGGAAAAGACAAAGUUCUGAUGACGAAUUUGAUGAAGAACUACGCACUAGGGCGGAGAAAGCACGCACAGAAGAGGAGGAAAGGAGGCUCGCAGAUGCUGCGAAUGAAGCAACAAGAAGCGCACUAGGCGAUGCGAAGUAUCUCAAGUGGUUCGCUCACGGUAAAAAUGUGCAAAAAACUACCGAACUUAAUCCUCGGGUAUCAAGUGCAGUUACUUCAAAACAAACAACGCGCGCUGAAGCGACAGAAAAGGCUUCAAAGACUGGUUUGGAAACACACGACAGCAAAAUUUCAUUUGUUGACGUCAUAUGCGUGCUCAAGUCGGAAAAGGCUUUUAACGGGAUUCUUCCUCGUCUCUUUCACACGAAAAAUUUGCUGCUGUUCAACGUGGGGAAUUCGAACUAG